UUCUUGUUUGAUAGCACUCUAACAAGUUUGUGUGAUAAGUCUGAUCUGGAAAUACAAUUCAAGUGUUACCAUCAUGAAGACAGGCUGCAACAGACGAACUAGCCUACUGCAGUCAGUGUGAACGUCAAUGCAGAACCAGUACCAGUUGAGAGGGGAGAUGGAAGAAUGGCACACAAGCCUUUGUACAUUAAGAAGUUGUGUCAAGUAGGCAAGAAUACGAUACAGAUUGCUGUGACUGCAUGCUGCUGUUCACAUCUCUUUGUACUGCAACUGGUUCAUCAUCGUUCAAUUAAUUCGGUGCUGCAAAGUCUUUUGAAGAAGCGUCUCCUUGAAGUUGAAUUAUGCAUUGAAAAAAUUCGUUCACAUUUUACUGUUCCAAGCGUCACUGGUGGUCAAGAUGGUGUUGAACAGACAAGCAUCAAAGUCUCGCUAAAGUGUUCUCUCUCAUUUCGGCGAAUCUCGUUUCCUGCUCGAGGCAGGGAAUGUCGACAUGUACAGGUUGUGUUUUGA